UCACGUGCGAAAAAGAAGAAGCAACGCCACGGGAGGGGAUCGGAGGGAGAAGAUGCCUUGCCUUUACAUCUCCACCAACGUGUGCCUCGAUGGGGUGGACACUGACCCUCUCGUCGUGGAAGCCACCAAAGCUUGCGCUUCCAUCAUAGGCAAACCCGAAAAUUACAUAAUGGUGAUACUCAAGGGAUCGUUGGACAUAUCGCUUGCGGGCAGCAGAGAACCAGCUGCAUACGGUGAAAUCGUUUCCAUUGGAGGCAUAAACUCCCAAGUGAAGAAGAGGCUGAUCGAUUCAAUCGCCGGCAUCCUCCAAACCAAUCUGUCCGUUCCAAGGACUCGCUUCUUCCUCAAAGUCUACGACACAACAGCGGGACGUGCUCCUUCCAAGUUGUAAUGUCUUGUAAUGAAAUUGAAGCCAUGUGUCACUUGGAAUUAUGGACGGUUGGCAGAGAUGCAGUAAGCUCUAGAUGAAGGUGCAUUAACUAUCCGGGCACCACUCUACUUAUUUAUGACAAACCCUAAUAAGAAGAAGUGCCGUGUUGUGUUCAUGCUUCGUCUCUACAUUUGAGUUUUAUUGUUAUUACUUAUUAGUCAAUCAAGUUAAUGAGGGAAAAUUACCAAAAAAUUCCUAAAUCUAUUGCAGUCGUAUUAAUUCAGUCCUAAA